CUUUAUUUUCUUCCUUCUCCGGUACCAGCAGGAGCCGGAAGUGCUUGGCCGGAAAGGUGCCUGACGGCGGCCGCGGCGGGCAGCGGCCUCUCUAGGCUGCGGCGCGCCUGUCUAUGGUCGCUGCCCCGCCGGGCCGUAGCCAUAGCAACCGGAGCCGGGGCCGCCGCUCCUCCCCCGCCCGCGCCGGGAUCGUAAUGGCGCCCAGAGGCCGGGGGGGGCGGGGGGGUGGCGUGUCCUCUCAGGGGAGGCCACGGAGAGCCCCGGGGGGCGUGGGAGGGUGGUCACGGCGGGGAUGGCGGCUGCGUCCGCCCGCCCUCGCCAGCCCCGGGGUGGGCGGCGGGGCCCAGAGCGGAGCGUGAGGUCGGGAAAACCCCGCCUCGCUCCACGGCGCGAGGCGGAGCGGAGCGUGCCCGGCCGCGGGUGGGAGCCGGCGCCACGCACCAUGGCAGAGAGUUCGGGGAGUCCUCGGCCCCAACCCGUCGUGAGGAGGAAAAAAAGCAUAUCCCUUGAGGAAAAAAUUGACAUCAUUAGCGCUGUGGAGAGUGGGAAGAAAAAGGCGGACGUCGCAGCCAAGUAUGGCAUAAAGAAGAAUUCCUUGUCUUCGAUCAUGAAGAAUAAAGAAAAAGUUCUGGAAGCCUGCGAAUCUUUACGAUUUGAUCCGAAAAGAAAGAGACUGAGGACGGCUUUUUACACCGACCUGGAGGAGGCACUCAUGAAGUGGUGCAGCAUCGCUCAGGGCUUGAAUGUGCCGGUCAACGGCCCGAUGUUGCGCCUCAAGGCUAACGAUUUUGCCCAGAAGCUUGGGCACAGUGAUUUUAAAUGCAGUAAUGGCUGGCUCGAUCGAUUUAAGUCAAGGCAUGGGUUAGUUUUCAGAGCUCAGCCUGUAGAAGCAGCUGCUACUUCUACAGCGGAUGCUCCAACUCUUUGGUACCAAAAUGUUCUUCCUUAUUUAAAUGAUUAUCAGCCCAAAAACGUGUUUUAUAUACAGGAGACUGGAUUGUUGUAUCAGAUGUUACCACAUAAUGCAUUUGCAUUUAAAGGGGAAACUUGUUCUGUAGGUAAACUAAGCAAAGAGAGAAUAACCAUAGUGGCAGGAACAAAUAUGGAUGGUUCCGAGAAACUUCCUUUGCUUGUUAUAGGAAAAAAAGAAAGUCCAUGCUCUUUCAAAGACGUGAAGUCCCUACCUGUGGAUUAUGAAGCAAAUAACAUGGCAUGGAUGACUGCAGAAAUGUUUGAACAGUGGAUGCACAAACUUGAUGACCGAUUUCAAGCGCAGCAGCGACAAGUAGUUAUUCUUGUCGAUUCUCUCCCAGCUCACACAGAAGUAAAGAACCUGAAGUCUGUCAAAUUAGUGUUCUCUUCUCCAGACUCUUCUUCAUGUGUAGCUAUGAAACACGGGGUUAUCAGAAGUCUGAAGGUUAAAUACAGGCACUGCCUUAUCAAGAGAUUUGUUGACUGCAUAGAAGGUCAUAAAGAGUUUAUGCUGACUCUUCUCGAUGCAAUUGAGAUGUUGUACCUGUGCUGGAGGGAAGUAACACCAGAGACUAUUGUAAAAAACUACAAUGAAGCAGGAUUCAAAUUAGAAACCAAGGCAAAUGGUAAUGACACAGAGGUUGAACGUGAUUUUGAUUUGAUCGCACACGCACAGGCAGCGGGAGUGGAGUUUCCAGAAGGUUUAUCUUUGGAGGAAUACGCAGCUAUAGAUGAUGGCUUGGUAACUUACGAAAUGCACACAAAUAAUGAAAGAAUGUGUGCCAAAGAAAGCUCACCAGAUAAAGUUGGUACACUUGUUGGUGAUGAAGAUGAGGAGGAAGGUGAUCGAUUUCAGGGAGCUGAACAGCCUUUACCAUCAAAAAAUGAGGCUUUGAGUGCUUUAGAUACCCUUCGAACGUUUCUCAGAAGUCAAGACACAAAUGAUUCUCUUCAUGAUUCCUUCGCUGACCUGGAGAAUUUUAUUCAACAUGUAGCAUGUAAAUAAGUAUUUUAGCAAAGUGUGAAAGCGUGUAAUUGAAAAAAAAAAAAAAGGAAUUAUGUAAGUAAACAAAAAUAUGCAGUUUAAUAACAAGUGUUGCUACAAUGUUCUCUGGUGUGUCUUGCUCAGGUGCCUAGAUGUACAUAAUGAAAGAAAUUUGAAAUCAUGACAAAGGGCUGUGAACUGAAGUCUUCCACAAAAUCAGGAGGAGAGAGCAUAACAUUUGGGGUGAAGAGAAGAAAUAAGUUGAACCUUUAAAAUGGUAACUGUAGUAAGUACAGCUGAGGCAAAAGCAAUUCUUUAAUCAGUUCCAUGCACUCGGGAUGAACUGGUGCCCACUUGGAAUUCUUUCUUCAGAAAGAGAUUAGCACUUCUUCACAUUGAUAAUUUCACUGGUGUCUUUGGUAUCGUUGACAGAGGAACAGUAAAUAUUUAUCAGCUUUGUGCAUUUGAUACUGAAACAAAAAAAUGAAUAACACAGAAAAUGCAUGCUUAAGUUCUGACAACUAAGGGGGUUUUUAAAUAAGUGGGGGGUUUGCCCUUGUUCAGGAAUUCUGGCCAUAGUUUAUUCUUGCAGCAGAUGAUGAAUUGCAGAAAGCUAGUGGCUUUGGAUAUGUUUUGUUUUCUUAAAGCUGCUCAUGUGUGGAUACACAAAUGGCAUAAUCAUUUAUCUGAGAGUCAAAAGACAAAUAAACCUCUACUUGGUCUUUCAAAAGGUCAAAAA